GGUACCAUACAUCUACAGAAAGGAGGUAAGGUACAAGUUCUUUUUCCUUCGUAUUUCCUCUCUUCUAUGCCAUCAUCUCUCACCUCCCAAUUACUCCAUCGCACCAUGAUAAUUAAUAAUUGAGAAGAAACCCCAACCCAAAAAGCUAUAAAACAAAAGAGAACCGUAGUUUACUUCUUCGUUGAUUGCCCAAACACCCCUGAAGAAAGAAAAGCAAUCUCUCUCUCUCUAGCCAUGAGCAGUCUCUUUGGUUUGGGCAGAAAUCAAAGGACAUUCCGCCCAAAGAAGAGUGCACCAUCAGGGAGUAAGGGUGCGCAACUUAGAAAGCACAUUGAUGCGACCUUGGGCAGUGGAAACCUGAGGGAAGCAGUAAGACUUCCUCCUGGAGAGGAUUUGAAUGAAUGGCUUGCUGUCAACACUGUGGAUUUCUUCAACCAAGUGAAUCUUCUCUUUGGUACCCUCACAGAGUUCUGUACUCCUGAGAACUGUUCUACUAUGAGUGCAGGCCCCAAGUAUGAGUAUAGAUGGGCUGAUGGGGUACAGAUCAAGAAACCUAUUGAGGUUUCUGCUCCAAAAUAUGUUGAAUAUUUAAUGGACUGGAUUGAAGCUCAGCUUGACGAUGAAUCCAUAUUUCCUCAAAGACUUGGUGCACCAUUUCCUCCCAACUUCAAGGAGGUUGUUAAGACGAUCUUCAAACGACUAUUCCGUGUAUAUGCCCAUAUUUAUCACUCUCAUUUUCAGAAAAUUGUGAGCCUCAAAGAGGAAGCCCAUCUGAACACGUGCUUCAAGCAUUUCAUCCUAUUUACCCAUGAAUUUGGGCUAAUAGACAAGAAGGAGCUUGCUCCCCUUCAAGAGCUUAUAGAAUCCAUUAUCGUUCCGUACUAAAAGGGGUGUGUUAGAUUUUAUCACAAGGAUGCAUGGUAAAACCAAAUAAGUACUGCUAAUCAGAAAUUGAUGUAACAGUCUCCUUGCUGCUGCUUUGAAUAAUCAAGUAUUGUGCAUUGCAUGUGCCACAUGCUUAUAUAUUUCAAGUGUUUCCAUAGUAACUCUUCUUGGCUGUAUCAUGAAAAACUGUUCUCUUUUUUGGUACAAUAUGAAAACUGUUUAAAGAA